AUGUCUCCCAGCGGGCUGGCUGACACAACCACUUGCGCGACCUGGGACCCCAAGGCAGCGGAAGCUGCCCAGAAGGCGUACGAUGAGCAGCUGCAGGCCGUCCUCGGCGUCCUGCUGGGCGCGCUGAUCUCCGAGCUCGGCGGCAGCGUCGCGCCCCCGCCUGCCACGGACGCGGGCGGUGCGGGCGCUGGCGGCGGCGGCGGGGCGGCGGAGGAUGGCAGCAAGGCGCGCGCAGCGGCGGCGGCGGCGGCGGCGGCGGUGGAGCUCUGCCGCCCAGGGACCGCACACCUUCUCGGCAGCCCGGCUGUGGACGCCGGCGGUGGCGGCGGCGGUGGGGCCGGCAGCAGCGGCGGCGGCGGCGAUCACACUGGCGCGGUGGGCAGGGCGGUCGCGGGCAUGCAGAACGCGGCGAAGCACUACGCGGUCGUCAUACGCAAGACGGUGCUCCCGCCCGGCGCGGAGGCGAGCGGCAGCGGCGGCGCGGGCGGCGGCGGCGCGGGGCCCGCUUUGACGGUCUCCGCGCGCGCGGCUGCGGCGGCCGAGGAGGCGGUGCGAGAGGCGCGGGCGGGGCUGGCCAUGGCGGACCUCGUCGCUGACAUCGUGGCGCGUCUGGCCGCCCAGAAUGUGGACACUUCGGCGCCGGCGGCGGCCGCCGCACCUGGCGGGCAGCAGGCGGCGCUGGCUCAGGCGCCGGCACAGGCGCCGGCGGCGGCGCCGCAGCAGCAGCAGGCGGAGGCGCCGCGGCGGCGAGUGACGCGGGCGGCGGCGGCGGCGGCGGAACGCGCGGCGGCGGCGGCGGCGGGGCAGGGGCAGGCACAGGUGCAGCAGGGGCAGCCCCAGCCGGAGCAGCAGCAGCAGCAGCAGCAGCAGCAGCAGCAGCAGCAAGCAGUGGCGCCUGACGAGGACUACUUGACCGUCAUGCGGCCGCUGCAGGUGGACUACCACCCCGCGGUCGCGACCGACCACAUGCACCUGAAGCACGCGCGCAACGAGGCGACGGCGCUCAAGACGCGCGCGGCGCGGGUGGCCAAGGAGAUUGCUGGGCUGGAGCGCCUGCUGCCGCUGACGGAGAGCAGCGGCGUCUUUGUGCGCGUGGACGAGGCCAACGCGUUCCUGUGGCGCGCCCUCAUCACGGGCCCCGACGACACCCCCUACAGCGGCGGCUGCUUCGUCUUUGACAUCUACUUCCCUGGGACAUACCCCCAGCAACCCCCAUCGGUCCUGCUCAAGACCACCGGCGGCGGCCGCUUCCGGUUCAACCCCAACCUCUACAACUGCGGCAAGGUGUGCCUGUCGCUGCUUGGAACCUGGAGUGGCGCCCAGGGGGAGAGCUGGAACCCGGACGUCUCCACCACUUUCCAGGUCCUGAUCUCCAUCCAGUCCCUCAUCCUGGUGGAUGAGCCCUACUUCAACGAGCCGGGCUUCGAGCGCACCAUGCACUCUGAGACGGGCCGCGCUCAGAGCAGGGCCUACAACAAGCCCAUACGUGAGGAGACCAUCAAGCUGGCCAUGCUAGACCAGCUGAGGCACCCCCCUGCGGAGUGGAAGGAGCUCAUACAGGCACACUUCAGGAUCAGGGGCCCCUUCAUCCUGUCAACGGUGGACAAGUGGGUGGCCGAGGCCGAGGGGGACUCUGGCCACAAGUCACGCCUCACGGACCUGCGGCGCCAGCUGGCGGAGGAGAUCGGGAAGCUUCGCGCCCCCGCCGCGCAGUGA